UCCGUCGUGACGUAUUAGCCAAAGUGUAGGAAGUGCCAGAGAAAGAUUUUUAUCAUUAAAACCGUAAAUCGCAAGAAAUAAAGAUUUGAGGAAGUUUGUUGAUAUUUGCAGAGAAUCUAACUACAGCAUUGUUCAGAUGGCGUUCCCAUACGGAGCAUAUGGAUAUGGUACUCCAAUGCCAGGUGCCCAAGCGCCUGCCAUGCCAAUGGGUGCUCCAGGAAUGGGAGGUCCACCACCAGGAGGCUAUGGAGGAUAUGGUCAGUUUCCGGGGGGUUUUGGUGCACCCCCUGUGAAUGAUCCAAUGUGGGGGUAUUUUACAGCAAUUGCUGGGCAGGAUGGCGAAAUUGAUUCAGAGGAACUUCAGAGAUGUUUGACACAGACUGGGAUUCAUGGAACCUAUAGCCCUUUCAGUUUAGAGACGUGUCGACUGAUGAUUUCAAUGCUAGAUAGAGAUCUUACAGGAAAGAUGGGAUUUAAUGAGUUUAAAGAGGUUUUUGCAGCCUUAAGUGGCUGGAAACAAAAUUUCAUGAUGUUUGAUCAGGACAGAAGUGGAUCUGUGGAACCCCAUGAGAUGAGUCAAUCUCUUUCUUCAAUGGGAUACAGGAUUAGCCCUCAGGCACUGAGUGGCAUUAUAAAGCGUUUCAGCAAGAAUGGCAGGAUUUAUUUUGACGAUUAUGUGGCCUGCUGUAUAAAGCUGAGAGCUCUUACGGACACCUUUAGAAGGAGAGAUAACAUGCAGCAGGGCUUUGUGAACUUCUCCUACGAUGAAUUUCUACUUUGUACAAUGACAAUCUGAAUUUCAUCUAAGGACUCCAAAUCAAGACUUUAAAAUGGUGAUUUUUUUUUUUUUUUUAUAUAUACCGACUCCCACUGGGCUCCUGAUUGCCUGAACAUGCUGCAAUUAAACAAAAUGAACACUGUGUUUUAUUUGACCUUUUUUUUCCUUUUUUUUUUUUUUUUCUUUUUUAAAGAGAUGCAUUCAACUUUGUAACCUAAACAUAUCUUGAGCAGUUGGAAUGUAUCUGCAUGACGUUCUGCAUGUGGUAGACAAAGUGGCUUGGGACACAAACCUCCUUAAUCACGAGCUGAGUCAGGGUAGCUUCACGGUCUUCAAUCUGAUUUUAUUGUUCAUACAGUACUGUUCUAAUUCAGUUAGGUGUGGAUUAUAGUAAGUACCGCUCUAAUGCAAUUAUGUGUGCUUUAUGUUUCUCUUAAUAACUGAGCUGUUGGUAAUUCUGAAGAAGGGAAGCAAAAUUAAAACAAAAAAAAAAAAAGUUAAAAUAAAACCCCUGCUAGCCUUUCUGGCGUAUAUAACUCUGAAAUUAGUACUGCAGUGAAUAUCUAAAGUAUAUAAAUAGUCACAAAGCUAAUGUUAAAUGUAUGCUUACUGUUUUCAAUAUUGCCAUGUGUAUAAAAGUGAGAAAUGUUUAAUAUUGAUAAUGGAGUUUAAUAAAAAAAAA